CCAGCUGUAGGUGGACCCUGGGUCAGGCCCUGGGCAAAGGUCACUCUCUGGGUACCUGCCAGAGAGCUAAGGCCGGCCUCAGGACUGUGGGGAUGGCUUCAGAAGGCGCAUCCGCAGUGCUGCAGUCAGAUAAGACCCUGAAGGAUGAUGCCCUUGUGUCUCUUUCUUGGGUCCUGCGCCCUCUUCCACCUGCCCCAGCCUCACUACAGCGGCCGCACGGGAAGCCACUGCCACCUCCCUCCAGGAAUGCUCUGCUGCCUCUGCAGAAGCCCUUGGAGUUCUCUCCUUUCCCCAGGACACCCAUGAUUGCAGUAUACAGGGGCUGUGGCUUGAAGAAAGCUGGGCCUUUCAACUUCACUGCCCAUACCAGGGCUGCAGAGAGGCUGGUAGAGCCCCUGCUGACUCACAGCAUUGUCCUCAAUGAGGUCCCACUCAUCAGGGGUGUCCCAAGGGUCCUGCAGAGGGGAGUGCAGCGUCCUACUCGCCUGCUGCUGAGCGCUCCGCCCCUAAGCACCUUCCUGCCUGCCCCAGCUGGGAGGAGAAGCUGUGCCAAUGAUGACCAGAUGUGGCCUCAGGGCCUUUGUCCCCCUGCCAUACCGCCAGUGCCCCCCACCAUGCCUGGGGUGAACAAGGUGCCACCACCACACUGGGCCUGCGGGGAAGGUGGCCUGGACAUCUUGCAGCCCAAGGCCUUGCCAGACGACACCUGCAGGUCCGCGAGCCUCUAUGAGAACUUCCGGCACUGGCAGCAUUUCAAGACCCUGCUCCGGAGACUCCUUCCCCUCACCCCAGAUGUGGAGGCGGUGUCCUGCUUCCUCGUGUCACUGCUUUGGUCCCUGUCCCACCAGCACCCAACCCUGAGCGUGGAAGAGGGGCUGGGCAUAGGCGUGCGGAAAUGGGGUUGCAUGAGCCGCUACGAGCGCGUGGCCUUCUACAAGGUGGCUGAAGGGUUCAUGAGGUUUGAGGCUGCUGAAGAGAUGGAAGACCCUAUGCUGCUGUCAAUGAGGAAACUCCUGGACUGUCCGCCUCCAGCCCCAUUGAGGCUGGAUCCUCCCAGGUCCCCUGAUGCGGUGCAGCAACCAGUGAGCAUACCCAGGCAGACAGAGUCAAAGGCACAGGCUGCCUGCCCGCCAGCACACAAAUGCCAGCAGUCUCGAGAGACCCAGGUGCCUGCUGACAUUCCUGCUGACACCGUGAAGGAAUGCAUAGACACCAUGGACUGGCUGGAGGACCGUCACCUCUUGGCCACAGUGCAGCCUGAAGAAAACCAGAAAAAGGAGCAGCAGGAAGAGGAUGAGAUGUACCCAGACCCGGGUCUCUUGAGUUACUGUGAUGAGUUCUGCUCCCAGGAAGACUCCGUCUCUAAGGUGGAGGCUGCUAUCAAUGCCCAAUUCCUGGUAGAAGCAAAAUCUGCAGAAAUGGAGAAGGACACCAUCUUGGCUGUAGGACAGGUACUAGAAGAGGAGCACGGACUCACUCCUGAACAGCUGGUGGAGAAGCGCCUCCUGGGCUCCAAGGCGCAGGGAGAUGACCGUGAGCCCAAACAAAGGGUCAGCAAGGAGGCCUGCGCCCCUCCAAAAGCUUCUCAGGUCCUUAAGAGAUGCCGGGCCAUUGAUGAAGAUCUUCCAGUGUCCAAGGUCCUUGCUGUCCUGCCCAGGCAACAAAGCCCUGCUCCCCUGGGAACCUCCAGACACAAUACUCUGCCCCAGGACCUGGCACCCCAAUGUGCCCUGGGCCUCAGAGAAGCCUCACCUACUCAGAGACCAUGCAAGCCAGUGUCUUGCCUGGAUGAAGACAAGGGGGACUUCUCCAGCCUGUCCUUUCUCCUGGCCUCCCCUCACCAGUUGCUGCCUUGGGGAUUGCUCCAGACCCUAGGCCCUGACACAGGCCUGUUCUACCCUGAUGGUCCAGCACCCCAGACCUCACCUCCUCAGGGAGGAGGCCUCAGCCCUGGCCUCCCUUCACCUGCCAGAUCCAAGAAGCGAGUCCUCUUGGGAGGCUCAGCUCCUGUGGGAAAGAGGUCCCGCCCAGGGCCUUCCUAUGAGGUCUCUGGAGGGCAAGAUUUGACUCAGGGGCCAGUUCCACCCUCAGGGCCUCAGAAGGGGAGGUGUAACAAGUUAGGUUCCCAGAGAUGGAGGAAGAGGCACUGAAACCAUAGGGAAGACUCUGGGGUGCCCAGUCCUCAGGUGGAGCUUAGGAAAUUUCACCCUGGCUGCAUCCUGCACCCCACAGCCAGAGGUGCCUCCUCAGAGUUCAGAUCCAGCUGCU